UCAGCUAAGCCCCCCUUGAUGAGACGGGUGUUAGGCCUCACAAGGCCUCGAAGCUGUCGCCAUACUGGUGCCAGGUGGGCAGCCUCACUUGUGGUGCCUUGAAAUGAACCACAAUCACAACCUCUUAUACGAGAGGCUGACGAGUCCGCAGACGUCAGAGGCCGUGGACGAAGCUCUGCUGUCAGAGAAAUAAAUCUGACGGUCUGCCGCACAUUGAAGCUGAAAUCCCAUCGUUGAACCCCUGCGAUCUCCAACAAAAAUGCUCUCACGCAGGCUUCUCGUUUCAUUUUUCGUCGCGGCUGUCGCGGCCCAGUCAAAUGUCACUGUGCGCGACAAUGCUCACAAUCUCACCUAUGUAGGCUUCUCCUUCACAGGAACCGAACAAUUCCUGGGCAUCAACUUCGGCCAGGACACGUCUGGCGCCAACCGCUUCAAGCCUCCUAAGGCAUUUACGUAUCCCACAGGUACCACUAUCCAAGCCACAGCUGCCGGUGCUGCGUGCCCUCAAAACACGUUCUUGUCUCUUCUAGGCGCCAUCAGCGAGAACCCAGGCGUCUUCAAUCUCUCUGAGGACUGCCUAAACCUCGAAGUUGUGAGGCCCGCGGGAACAAAGCAGAAUGCGAAUCUCCCUGUACUGGUCUGGAUCUCCGGCCAGGGCGACGAGGAAGGCUCAUACAACUACACAUUGUACAACCCGACGGCGCUCGUGGCCGGCGCCGCUGCCAAGGGCACACCGGUGAUCUAUGUCUCAAUGAACUACCGUGUCAAUGUCUUCGGAUUCGCCAACAGCCCUGCACUUAGGACAGAAGGCUCGCUGAAUUCCGGUUUGCUCGACCAGCGACUGGCGCUCCAAUGGAUCCAGUCCAAUAUCGCCACAUUUGGAGGGAAUCCAAAGAAUGUCACGCUAUUUGGCCAAAGUGACGGCGGUGUCAGCGUUGGAUUGCAUAUGACGGCGUUCGGUGGGAACGGCACUGCUCCCUUUCGUCGAGCUAUUAUGCAGUCUGGGAGCGCAGCGGGCGAUCCUGGUGUCACUGGAAAUGCAACUGUCACGAACACUGCGGCAGUUGCUCAACUAGCAGGCUGUACAGGGACAAACAGCAGCCUAGUCUUGGCCUGCCUCCGGGCGAUUCCCAUGGUUCAGCUCCUGAAUGCCGUCCUCUUGUUUGAAAACACAACCACAGCCACCCAAGCCAAUGGCGCGUCUCAAGAUUUAUUUUUCCCGACCGUUGAUGGAAGCUACAUACCUGCGGCUCCCUCGACCCUGGUGCGCACUGGUCGGUUUCACAAAAACAUAUCCAUCAUCGCUGGGUGGAAUGAAAACGACGGCAGCAUCUUCGUGCCUCCAACUCUGAAUGGCUCCACUGCCACACAGGCAUUUCUGCAUUCAUCGUACCCGAACCUCAAUUCAACUACGCUAUCAAGACUGAUGUCGUUAUACCCCGUCAAUGACUUCAUGGCGGCAGCCCAAGCCUCCCAGAUAUCACCGUUUUUCCUACAAGCAUCGCAGAUUUACCGCGACAUCAAUUUUGCAUGUCCGUCGAUGGAUGUAGCACACCGCGUUACUCAGUUUGGUGGCACAAGCUACUUGUAUGUGCUCAACACGACAUCAUUGACCAGCGUCCUCCAGAUCUUCAAUGCCACCUUUGAAGGAGUCAUCCACUUUUCCGACGUACCUUUUGUCUUUAACCAACCAAACGUCGGGUUUGGCACUACCGCUGCAGCGAAUCUGACUGCAACGAGAAUGUCGGGGAGCUGGGCGCAUUUUGCUUCGACGGGCAAUCCAAGCGGCAACGCUAGUAUCACUCUCUCAGGCUGGACUCAAGCAUUUACCAAAUCCCAAGCUGCAGUGACAAGUCAGAAUGUGACUGGGGCGAGUCUCCGAGUCAUUGGUGGACCUCGCGCAGGACAAGCACAAUUGUCAUCGAAUGCUCAAGCCGUAGUUGAGCCUCAGCUUUUGCAACGAUGUGCAUUUAUCAACUCGGCGGCGUUCUAUCAGCAGCUGCAGACGUAAACCUCUGCGCCAGCCUUCGCUGCUCAUGCACAUCCUCUGCGAUCCUUCUGGUAUUACUAAUGUUCUCUACCUCAUAGCCCUAUGCUGAUGGAAAACCCAAGUGCUGGUGAGAGGUCUGCAGAUUAGUUGCAAAAAUAUCUGCCAGAGCACAAAGUCCUUCAAUAGCAAUACUA